CAUCGAAUUUGAAUCACCCUGUACAUACGCGAUACGAUGAUGCGAACAUUCAGUAAUGAGAACCUGUCGAUAGUGUGAACACGAAAUUAUUUACACUGAACGCCGUAUAAUGUGAACAGUGCGAACAAAUGCAUUGUGCCUUUUUGUCAGGGUUUUCACUUAUAUCACAUUCAACAUAUAGUGUGAAUAAAGGCAGCUGUGAAUGUGCCUCCGAUGUAAAUACAUUGUGCUGAGAAUGCUUAGAACAAUAUGGAGAAAUUAAAGAAAUGAGUUUAAGAGAAAAAGUCAAUAUAAUCGAAGAAGGUACAAGGGGAAUGUCAGCCACGACGUUAUCUAAAAAAUACGGAGUUUCAACAUCAACAAUUUGUGGUAUAAAAAAAAAUGAAAAACUUAUUAUCGAUACGGUAACUCACACGCUAAAAAUAUCAAAAAAGUGCACCUUGAAAAAGUCAGCAUUUCUACUUUUAGAGGAGAAAUUGUACAAUUGGUUUCUUAAAGAAAGAGAAAAGAAUUCACGAAUUACUGGAAAUAUGCUGAAACUAAAGGCAUUCUCAUUAUCAAAACAAUUGAAUACUGAUACUUUCACGGCCAGUGAUGGAUGGCUGCAAAGAUUUAAAUACCGUCGUGGUUUAAGGUUUUUGAAAAUCGCAGGGGAGAAAUUAUCGGCCAACCUAGUUGCAGUAGACCCUUUUAAAGAGGAUCUAAAGCAUAUGAUUCAAGAUCACGACCUAAAGCGGCAGCAGAUUUAUAAUAUUAAUGAGACAGGAUUGUAUUGGCGCUUAUUGCCUGACAAAAUAGACAAAACUGCUCCUGGAUUAAAAAUUUCGAAGCAACGACUGACGUUUAUGGGUUGUGUAAAUGCUUCAGGCUUACAUAAGCUGAAACCAUUGCUGUAUAAAAGCACUAAGAAGGCGUGGAUGACUGGGGAACUCUUUAAAGAAUGGUUUUUUCAACAUUUUGUACCUGAAGUAAGAUGUUUUCUGCGUGCUCAGGAGUUACCUCAGAAAGCAAUUCUCUUUGUGGAUAACGCAACGUUCCAUCCACCAGCAACAGAAUUGAGGACUAAAAUUGGGAUGAUCUUUGUAAAAUUCUUACCUCCUGAUGUUACGUCCUCUCAGAUUUUAAUCAACAAAAUAAAGAUGUAGACGAAGAUAACAUUCCGCUAAGUAUAUUAAGGGAAAAAUUAAGACGUGAAAUAAAUUUGGUCCUUGAUGUUAUUAGGGAUACAAUAAAUUUAUUACAGGAGCGGUAAGUUAUUACUGUAAUUUAUUACAGUAAGUUAAUGUAUAAGUGGUU